UACAUAGCAAGUGCUAAGUUGUCACUCUUGAGUGUCUGGAGGGGGAGGGGAAGUUGGCAAAAAAAUCCAGGAUGGCAAGAAAUCCGAGUGGCUUGAAGAGGGGAAACUGGGAGAGCGAUGGUAAUGCAGCGCCGAGAGAAAUGGAGUUUGUUGAGGGCUUUGUUAUUUCUGGACCGAGAGUCGAUUUUGGGCUUGUUCUUCCUUCUUCUCCUUCCUAUUUUUGGGAAUUAUGUCCCUUUUGUUGCAGCACUCCCCGGUGUCAAGCGAAAUAUUAUUUCAAUGGUUAAUUCAAGAGGACAACUUUUUAUUUGAGGGGGGAGAAAAAAAUAUCAGGAGCGAAUGAGGUAAGAACAUUGGCCUUUUCUUGUUCCAUCUUUUAGGUUUAGGGCUCCUUUUGUUCAUCCUGAUCCCUUCUCGUUUCGUUUGACGAAUUUCAUUUUCAUGCUUAUUGCCGAGAAAUCUUUGAUUGGUUUUGAUCCCAAUUUAUCUGUGUAUUUUCAUUUUUGAGAAGAUAAAGGUACAAUUGUUGUUCCUUUUGUUGAUCUUUUACCCUAUACAUUACAAUUGCAUCCGCAAUUGCAAUCAAAAUUGAUAGAAAAAUCAAGCAGCAGCAACUGGGCAUAGAAAGGGAAGGAGAAGGAGAAAGAAGAGGCCGUGAGAUCGAGGAAAUGUCGUCAUUUCCUCUUGAAGCUUCCUUUUCUCCUCCUCCUCCUAAUGUUUCAACUGCAAACACGACAAACCCUUCACCUCCCAAUUUGAAUUCGGUUCCGAUACCAGCUUCAAACCCAGCACCCCCUCCCGAUUCAAAUUCGAAUUCAUCUUCGGUGACCCCUCCUCCUUUUCCUUCUCCUCCUCUUUCACCUCCUCAAUCCCCUUCCCUUCCUUCUCCUCCUUCUAACGCUUCAAAUUCAAAUGGAACAUCCGAGAACAUUCCUCAACCUCUACCUCAAUCUCCGCCGCCUCCUUCUUUACCUCCACCAAGCCCCUCACCUCCUCCUUCCGUAAGGCCUUCUCCACCCCCGCCCGAAUCCCAACCUCCUCCUGAUCCUUCGCCGCUGCCUCCUAUUCCUUUGCCCCCUCCACCGGCGGAACCUAAGGCUCCUCCGCAACCGUCCCCUUCUCCUCCUCCCAGUCCAUCUCAAUCAUUUCCUCCUCCUCCUCCAACCUACAUUCCCCCUCCACCUUCGUCACAAGUUGUUUUCUCACCACCACCACCACUCAAUAGUAACCACCAUUCAUCUCCCCCUCCGUCUAAUCUUCCUCCUGCCGUCCCCCCUAACCCCGAGCCAGGCACGACGCCGAACACAUCCACGAACUCGGGUGGCCCUCCAUCACAUCUAUCUCCUACCCGGUUGUCUCCUCCAUCUCCAAGCGGGUUGUCUCCCCCAACUCCAAGCUGGUUGUCUCCUCCAUCUCCAAGCAGGACAUCUCAUUCAUCUCCAAAGGGGGUCUCUCCUCCAUCUCCCAGUGGGUCAUCUCCUCCGUCUUCAAGCAGGUCACCGAAUUCUAGAAAUGAUUUUGCAACUGGAGCUAUCGCUGCAGGGUCUGUUGCGGGAGCAAUAGUUGCUGUGUUCGUUGUGAUUAUUUUCUUCUUAAAGAAGAGGAGGAAAAAAACAACAAACAAUUUGGAGCGCCCAUACAAUCCUCCACCUAAUAGCUUGGCUUUACAACCAGAUAUGCUUUAUGCUUCAAAACCAGCAGUAUCUCCUGUUCUUGGUGCCCAAUUUCAAAAUUUUGCUGGGUACCCUGUGAUGCCAGACUCUGGGGGAUCCAAGUUAUGGUUUACCUAUGACGAGCUUAGGAAUAUCACUGAUGGAUUUUCUAAAGAAAAUCUCCUUGGUGAGGGUGGAUUUGGUUGCGUGUAUAAGGGUUGCCUGUCAGACGGGAGAAUGGUGGCAGUGAAACAACUUAAAGUUGGGAGUGGACAGGGCCAUAGGGAAUUUCAAGCGGAAGUUGAGAUCAUCAGUCGUGUUCACCAUCGUCAUUUGGUCUCUCUUGUGGGACACUGCAUAGAUGAGAACCAGCGGUUGCUUGUGUAUGACUACCUUCCAAAUAAAACUUUAGAGUAUCAUUUGCAUGAGAAAAACUUGCCUGUUAUGGAUUGGACAAAAAGAGUGAAAAUCGCUAUUGGUUCUGCUCGUGGAUUGGCAUAUUUGCAUCAAGAUUGUCACCCACGAAUAAUACACAGAGAUAUAAAAUCUGCAAAUAUUCUUUUGGAUGAAUCUUUUGAAGCCCAGGUUGCUGAUUUCGGCCUUGCAAAACUAGCAAAUGAUGCCCAUUCACAUGUUUCAACGCGUGUCAUGGGAACAUUUGGGUAUAUGGCACCAGAAUAUGCAUCCAGUGGAAAGUUAACAGAUAGAUCUGAUGUAUUUUCUUUUGGGGUCGUUCUUCUAGAGCUUAUUACAGGUCGCAGACCUGUUGACCCAUCUCAACAAUUGGGGGAUGAGAGUUUAGUUGAAUGGAUUCGGCCACAUCUGGUGCGUGCUCUUGAGACAGGAGAGUGCGAAGAAUUUGUAGACCCAAGGCUUGAGAAGAAUUUCGUGAAGAGGGAGAUGCUGUUAAUGAUUGAAGCAGCUGCUGCUUGUGUUCGCCAUGCAGCUUCUAAGCGUCCUCGCAUGGCCCAGGUGGCAAGAGCUUUGGACAUUGAGUGUGAAUCUUCAGACCUCUCCAAUGGCAUGAAAUUCGGACAGAGCCAGAUUUACAACUCCGCUCAAUAUUCUGCAGAGAUCCGGAUGUUCCAUAGAUCAGGGUUUGAUAGUGACGGGUUCAGCUCCGGCUAUGACACCUCUGGUGAGCAUGAAAGGAUAUCACUGUUCAGCAGCGAGUACCAAACGCGUGAGGCAACCCCAUCAUAGACUGACCACUUGUCUUUCUCAGCAAGGAUCUUUGUCACGUAUGCUUGCGAGCUGUGAUACAUCAUAUCAUCAUCCUUCUCUCGCCUGGUGUCACUGUGUUGUAAUUGGAGGAAGGAAACAUUGUGCGAUUUGAUAUACAUUGAACAUAUGCUUUUGUUGAGGAUGACUGCGGACUACAGCUAUACCGACAAAAUAAUAACCUAAAGACCGAUGGGAACUCGAACUUGUACAACUGCUAAGAACUUUACACGGGUAGUUUGUCAUGUUCUUUAAUCUUGCUUUUAGAAACAUUAGUUAUAGUGUUGAUUCACAAAUUAAGGUGUACAUUUCUAUAUAGUACCAAAGGACGUAACAGGAUCAGUGUAACAUAUAUCUCGUAAUUCUUGAUUGUUGGUAAGUUGCAUUC